UCGAGUCCAAUUCAAAACCCAACAAACUCCACUCAUUCCUUGUCUGAAAUUAACGAAAUACUUCAUCUUCUCUCAUUCAUUCUCUCUUACAAUGCCAUUAUUUCAUUAACAAAUAAUCGUAAUGUUAAUGCAAAAUCGAUGAAAUCUUGAUCGCUUCUUCUUCUUCUUCUUCUUCUUCGAAUCCUUUUUCACUGUACCAACAUGGACGAAGAUUUACUCAAGCGUAACACCGAUUGCGUUUAUUUCUUGGCUUCACCCCUCACUUGCAAGAAGGGUGUAGAGUGUGAGUAUAGGCACCAUGAAAUUGCGAGGCUUAACCCGAGGGAUUGCUGGUACUGGUUAUUGGGAAAUUGUCUUAAUCCGACUUGUGCUUUCAGACACCCUCCAUUGGAUGGGCAUGCUGGAGUGCCAUCUGAACCUAUACAAUCUUCCGUACCUGCAUCUGCAAACAAGACAAUGGUUCCCUGUUAUUUUUUCUUCAAUGGGUUUUGCAACAAAGGUAGCAGAUGCUCAUUUUCACAUAAGCCUGAUGAUAGCUUGCUUGUUGUAAAGCCUUUGAAGAAUGACACUAUAAAGCCUUUGAAGAUCGACACUGUAAAGCCUUUGAAGAAUGACACUGUAAAGCCUUUGAAGAAUGACACUGUAAAAUCUUUGAAGAAUGACACUGUAAAGCCUUUGAAGAAUGAUAACGGAAACAUUAAUGCACUCAACUUAGAAAAUAAAGCUUCAUCAGGAAAUAAAACAUCGGUAGCACCAACACCAAGGGAAACACAUUUUGAGCAAUCUUUAUCUGCUCCAAAAGCUUUGUCUGAUACUAGACUUAAGUCUAAGGAAGACCUUCAGCUACCAUUACCCGAAAAUGUUAAACAGCAAACUGUUUGCUUGGAAUUUUCUUCAUUUGACUAUAAUGAAGCUGCUGUGACUCAGUCAGACUCUCUGGUACCAGACAAUGGUUUUGCUCAUAAUAUGUCUCAUUCAUGCUCUGAGCAGAGUUCGGAGGAGCAGGAAAACUGUCAUGUAGAGCCUGAGGAACGGUGGGAAUCCUCCCCUGGAUUUGAUGUUCUUGUUCAUGAUGAAUCCGAGAAUCUGGGUUAUGAGAAUGGUUCUGAAUAUUUGCCACUGCUUGAUAUGGAUGACCACGUACUGAAUGAGCAAUAUGCAGGGUAUGAGUUUAAAAAUACAGAUGAGUACGACCCCAUCUGCUCAGAUGCUGAUAUUCUGUAUGAACAGGCAACAUGUGAUGAUUACAGAUGUUUUGAUAGAGAUUUUGCCAGGGAAAGGGAAGUUUGUGGCUAUUCCAGAGAGACAGCAUUAGAUUCUAUAUUUUCUGGGAAAAGGGUUCGGAUGUCAGCUGUUGAGAGGGAUGCUUGUGACUCUGACUUAGAUCUACGUCACCAUCUGAGAAGACGCCGGGAGGUCAAUGAUCCUCCUGUCACGGGUUUCUUUAGAAGACAUGAUGAGCCAUCUUCUUUGAUGGUUCAAAACCAGGAAAGGCAUCGAAGGGGCGAUGUUGUUCAGCGGCAAAAUAGAAGAUUAACAUCACAACUAGGAUUUAGUUCAAUCAGAGAGGUUGAAGAUCUUUCAAUUGCUAACAACCACAUGUUAUUUAGGCCUUCCCAGCAAAAUAGGCCAAGAAAGCAUUAUAGAGAAAAACCAGCUAGACGGCCAUUUCCUUCAUCUAAAGUAUCCAGGAAACCAGUUGUAAAGCAACAGAGAGUUAUUCAGGAAUCCAGUACAUUUUCAGGGCCCAAGACUCUUGCAGAAAUAAAAGAAGAGAGGAAGAAGACUGGUGGAAGUUCACAUUGUGAAAGCACGUCAGCUGGUUUCCAGGAUCCCAAACCACUGCAUGAAAUUCUCAAAGACAGAAGGACCAUGGACUGAGUGAGAGAUGGCAAUACCUGCAACAGUUGAAUCAUGAGAUUAAAAUGAUUGAUGAUUCAAAGGAUUAGUUUUACCAAAGAUAAUGAGGUAAUAUCAGCUGUUGGAGGUGCUUUCUUUUUAUUCUUUUUGUUGAAAUUGGAGUUGCUUUCUAGCAUCCUUUAGUGUGCUGGGUUAGUGGGUGAUAUGUUUUUGUUCGAGUGAGGCGACUCUUAGAUAAGUGGAGUUAAUCUAGAGAGUGGGUUACUGAUUUGCAUUAAUUUUGUGUUGUUUUGGCCUACUUGUUUUUGUCGUCUAAAGCUGCUUAUCAAAAGUCACUACUCCACUUUUUGUAUGGUUAAUCGGCUCUUUUUUU